AUGCAUGCGUGGCUGUGCAGUCAAAACCAGCGGCUCUUAGGACCCCGAGGAAAAAGGUGUCAGGGACGCAGCAACAUCACCCUGCCGCCCCGUCAAGUGCGCACAAUCUACUCCCUUGAGGACAUCUUGCAACAGAUUCUUCAUCUUAAAGGCCUUCCAAUUAUUUUGAGCAGGCCCCAGCCUCAGCUGGAUCUGCUAUUCCUGCAACGCUUUGGGAGGAUCCAGGCCAUCUUGUUUCCCAGAUGGUCCUCCCAGAAUGUGCUCAUGUUCCUGACUCUGCUGAGCAUUGCCCUCUUGGAGCAGUUGGUCAUUUACCAGGUGGGAUUGAUCCCCAGUCAGUACUAUGGGGUCCUGGGGAGCAAGGACUUCUCUGGGUUCAAAAGCCUGACUGCAAUUGCGGUGAUAUUCAUCAUAAUCAACUCCACGUUGAAAAGUUUGGACCAGUUUAUCUGUAACCUGAUGUAUGUGAGCUGGAGGAAGUCUCUCACUGAAUACCUACAUGGCUACUAUUUCCAGGGCCAGGUGUAUUACACACUGAACGUGCUGCGCGAGGACGUCGAUAAUCCAGACCAGCGAAUCAGUCAAGAUGUGGAGAGAUUCUGCAGACAGCUAAGCUCUAUGGCCAGUAAACUCAUCCUUUCUCCUUUUACACUGAGCUACUACACCUAUCAGUGCUUUCAAAGCACAGGCUGGCUGGGCCCAGUAAGCAUCUUUGGAUAUUUUGUCAUUGGAACAGUUGUUAACAAGGUGCUGAUGAGUCCCAUUGUGUCAAAACUGGUGCAUCAGGAGAAACUAGAAGGGGAUUUCAGGUUCAAGCACAUGCAGAUUCGUGUAAAUGCAGAAUCAGCUGCUUUCUACAGAGCUGGGCGGGUAGAGCACAUGAGAACUGACCGCCGGUUGCAAAGCCUACUGCACACACAGAGGGAGCUGAUGGGCAAGGAGCUAUGGCUCUACAUUGGGAUCAACACCUUUGACUAUCUGGGCAGCAUUCUGAGUUAUGUGGUGAUUGCCAUUCCCAUCUUUAGCGGUGUCUACGGCGACCUGGAUCCGGCACAGCUGAGUGCUCUGGUCAGCAAGAAUGCCUUUGUCUCCAUUUACCUCAUCAGCUGCUUCAGCCAGCUUAUCGAUCUCUCCGCUACCUUAUCUGAUGUGGCUGGCUACACACACAGGAUUGGGGAGCUGCUGGAGACACUGCUGUCUCUCUCCAGGAAACACAGGGACUGUGAAUCAGAAACCAAAAGCAACUGGGACUUUGACAAGUGCCUGGGCUCCAGUGGUUCUGAAGAGCAGCCUGUGCUGGGGGAUACAGCCUUCCUCCUGGAGCGAGUCUCUCUCUCACUUCCAUCCUCGGACAAACUGCUCAUCAAGGAUCUGAACCUGAAGAUUUCACAAGGGAACAACCUGCUGAUCGUGGGGAACACUGGCACAGGGAAGACAUCGCUCCUAAGGGUCCUUGGUGGCCUCUGGGACAGCACACGGGGGAAUGUCCACAUGCUGACCUGCUUUGGCCCCCAUGGGGUGGUGUUCCUGCCGCAGAGACCUUUCUUCACAGAUGGAACUCUGCGAGAGCAGGUGAUUUACCCUCUGAAGAAGAUUUAUCCAGAUUCAGGAAGUGCCUCCUGGUUCUGCCAGACCCAUAGGAACUGUAUUCAGAGUAAGGCCCUGCUGUGAGAGGCAUCCUACAAGAGGAAAGAGAAAUCCCAACACACCCUUGUGACCAGUGUAGCCAGGAGUCAAGCCUUGUGGGGUUCUAUCAGUUGUACCCUGACUGGAGUCUGAUUGGGAGCUAGUGCAGUGUGCAGCGCUCCAGUGUAAUGAUGUCCGAGUGAAGUAAUAGCCAAUGAAGUGGCAACAACAGUCUGCUUCCAGGUAGGCUGGAAGCGUAGCCACAUGUAGAGUGCAUUGUAGCUGGCUAAUGUUAAGGUGAAAAAUGGUUAACUUCAGAGGGGCAUAGUAAGUACUUAGCUCUUCUGCUCAACUUCCACAUCAGCUCAUGUGGCUGACUCGCUUUUAGCUCUGAUAGUGUCCCCCUUCGUUUGUUGGAACUUCUUGUUCCCCUUGUGAAAUUCUCCAUUUGCUGAGGCCUGUGUUCUGACCCUUGGAUUCCCCAGCUUGCAAUAUGAGGGUUAAAGCUUUUAGGCAGCCUUGCAUAAGGCAUGUUACCAUGGCAAUUAGGCAUUGUCAGAACUACUGAACACCCUGUGUUCUUGCUGUUUCUCCUCCCUUGCUCUUUGCUGACUCAGGCUCUAGAUACAGCUCUGAAAUGUACUGCUUGGAGUGGCAAGUCUCUUCUGUUCAUGGUGCUGCUCCUGGACGUUGGUGUUUAACCUUUCUUGCGUGUGUUGGCCUGUAGGAGCCACUUGAGGAUUAGCCAUGGCCUGAAUGAGGGUGGAGUGUGAAACCUGCAGCUCUUCAGUGUUUCAGACAGACAGACUUUAAAUAGCUGCUUUUAAAAAAAGCAACCAGCAACUCUCAUGGAAAGCAGUGGGAGGUCUGAGCCCUUUUUGGCCCAUAUUUGGUGACCUCAGGAAGGUGUUGCCCUAGUGAUGCUGUUGUCCUGGAUGUGGUGGUGAUGCUCUUUGUGUUGCAGGGUCUGUGGAUGAUGAGAGGAUCCUGCAAUUCCUAGAGCUGGCUGGGCUGUCUGAUUUGUUGGUGCGCACAGGGGGGCUGGACCAGCAGGUGGAUUGGAACUGGUAUGACAUCUUGUCCCCAGGGGAGAUGCAGAGACUCUCAUUUGCAAGGCUCUUCUACCUCCAACCCAGAUAUGCAGUGUUGGAUGAAGCCACCAGUGCCUUGACAGAGGAGGUGGAGAAUGAGCUAUACUGCACCUGUACUCGGCUGGGGAUGACACUCAUCAGUGUGGGACAUCGCACCAGCCUAGAAAAGUUUCACAGCUGGAUUUUGAAACUCUCUGGAAGAGGAAGAUGGGAACUAACAAGAACGGAAGGAGUGAGGCGGCUCCCAGCCAAUGAGGGAUGCUGAAAAAAAUACUGAGGAUUGGGACUGGUUAAUUACCCAGCUGCUGCAGAAACUACCUGCCCCACAGGAGAUACCUGAUCAGUGGAAGUGGAAUUGCAGAGCCACCAGAAGCUACUAAGUAUGCAGGGAGAAGGGGGUGGUUCUAGAUUUUACUGAAGGACCCAGGACUGAGUAUUUCCUUUCUGCCUGUUGUCCAAACUGCUUCUGGUGCUGGAUGCCACAGAGAGUGAAGGCCUUUGUCCCUCCCAGAGGGAGCUUCUCCCCAAACCAUUCCCCUGGCAUCUGAUCUCCUCUUCCUGCCUGUCGUGGUGGGGGAGUGAAAGGAGCCCGUUUCUUGCUCCUUUGAGAGGGGAUAACUUUCACUGGAGUGGGGGAAUACCAGGGCGCCAGGAGAAGGCAUCAGGUUCUGUGCAAAGGCAGAGCCAGGGCUGCCCACAUUUGACUGGAGUGUGAUACUGGCUCAGAUCACCACAGGGAUCCUGAUGAUCUGGGUCUGAGACACUGGGACCUGUCUGGAUGGAUGGGACCCGUGUCUCCUCGUUCUGUUCAGCACGUUGCUGGACCUCACUAGAAUCAUUUUGCAUUAAAAUCCAGGGCCUGGUUGCAUGGGUUGUGUGGCACCAUUCAUCAAGCAGCUCAAGUUGGUGCCAGACAGCAGCUGCCUCAUCCAGUCACCCUGCACCAGCGCUGGCUUUAGGGGGUGGGCUCUGUGGAGGACUGCCUAAGACAUUGGGGCUGGGGGAGGCGUCUGAGUGCUACAAGCUGGUGGGCCUGAACUGCCAAUGUUGGGUAAGUGCAAGUGUGGCUGGAGCCCUGGCCAGCUGGGCAGGGUGCGGGCAGUGCUCCCUGGAGCUGCCAGCCUUGCCAGGAAGUGCAAGCAGCAGGGCUUAUCCCUGUAGAGCCAGUGGGCCAACCCCUGGGUCCAUCCUUCUUGUGGGCAUGGAGAGUAACUAUGCACCCUCCCUCUUUUCUCCUUCUAGCUGGGCAAGGGUGUUUGGGCUAUGGAAGCUCCUGGGCCCAAACUUCUCUCUGUGCAGCCAAGCUGGCAUUUGGUCCUUACACCCUGUGCCCUAUGCUGCUGCUCUCAAACUCAAAUAAAGGGUGGCAAAAAUACAAAUUCACUCAGGGUGCCAUUUUCCCUAAUGCCAGCCCUGUCCUGCAUGGACCCCUCCCUCGCCCACAUACCCUGUGCUGUGGCAGUGGAUUUGGAGCAGCUGCAGGAAAAGCAUGGAGGAGUAAUGUUCUAUGCUGGAGCUGGGAGCUGUGCUGAAGAGAGGCCUCUAAUCUGGGGUUAACCAACUUCCACCGUCUGCCUCCUUCCUUGUUAUCCAGAUGCUUCUAUCCUCUUCCUCAGGGAGGAAGCAGGGCUCUCUUCCUCACCCCCUCUGAUUUCCUUAGACAUAGCCUCAUCACAGAAGAGCUGUCUGCUUUGGCGUUGUAGUCCAAGACUUUUCAGUGCCAGUGUGAAAAAUAAAGGUCGAUCUCAGCUGAA